CUCUCACCCUCUCCCCCACGGCCACGGGCGGCGGCCGCGACCGAGCCACACUGCUGCUAGCUACGGCCUGCAUCUGCCUCUCUCCGCAGCGAGGGCUUCAGUUCUUGACCGCCGCCGACGCCGCACCCGCCCGAACCCUGCUCGCCCGCCGCCGUCCCCCCUUUUAACCUCAUUCCUCUCCGCAAUCUCGGACGCCGGUUCCCAAGGGAAAAUGAGUGGUGCUCCAAAAAGGUUGCAUGAGGAAGGUAGCCACUCUACACCUGCUAAACGACAUUUGGACGAGAGCAGCCUAUAUUCGAGCCCGUCUGGGAAACUCAUCCAACCUGGCAGCAGUGAUUUCCAUGUUUCUUCUGAACAUGAUGGAAGAUCUGCCAAAAUACAACGUCUUGAGUCCCGUGAUGAUAAGAGCUCAUCUCUGGCACAUCGGAUGCCUGUUGGCUCUUCCAAUUUCGUAGACAAUUCAACUUCAUCUGAGAGCAGAUCAGAAGCAAAACAAAAUGAUCGUGAGAAGGAUUCUGCCAAGAAGGAAUCAUUUGUAGCAGUUGACAAGGAGAAUUUAAUACUAGAAAAAACAACAUCUGAUGCAGCUGUUAAACCUGCUGAGACUGCUGCUGAAAUGAAGACACUUAAAGAUGACACAUGGAAAUCUCAUGUUAGAGAUCCUAAGGACAAGAAAAGAGAGAAGGAUGUGGAUAGAGGGGACCGGCAUGACCAAAGUAGCAAAUAUAAUGACAAAGAAUCAGCUGAUACUAGUCCUGUAGGAGAUACAGAGAAAGAUAAAGAUACUUUUGAAAGUAUUCAGGGCAGGAGGAUGGCACAAUCAAAGGGAGGUAGUCAAGCAUCUCAACGGGAAUCUCGGUUUCGGUCCAAAAUGCGUGAUGAAGGGUCUCCAGGUAAGUCUGAGGUAUCUGCUAUUAUAUAUAAAGCUGGGGAAUGCGUGCAAGAGCUUCUGAAAUCAUGGAAAGAGUUUGAAGCAAUCCCAGAUGCUAAAACUGCUGAGAAUCAACAAAAUGGUCCUACACUUGAGAUUCGGAUACCUGCAAAGUUUGUUACUUCCACUAAUCGGCAAGUAAAAGGUGCUCAGCUUUGGGGCACAGAUGUUUAUACAAAUGAUUCAGACCUUGUUGCUGUGCUAAUGCAUACUGGUUACUGCUCUCCGACAUCAUCACCUCCGCCUUCUGCUAUCCAAGAAUUACGUGCAAGUGUUCGUGUUCUACCACCACAAGACAGCUAUACUUCAACACUAAGGAACAAUGUCCGCUCACGUGCUUGGGGUGCUGGAAUUGCUUGUAGCUUUCGCAUAGAACGCUGCUGCAUUGUUAAGAAAGGUGGUGGUACCAUUGAUCUUGAGCCUCACCUUAGACAUACAUCAGCUGUGGAGCCUACACUUGCUCCAGCUGCAGUGGAGCGUACAAUAACAACAAGAGCAGCGGCUUCGAAUGCAUUACGUCAACAAAGGUUUGUUCGGGAAGUCACUAUAGGGUUCAAUCUCUGCAACGAGCCAUGGUUAAAGUAUAGUAUCAGCAUUGUGGCGGACAAGGGAUUUAAAAAGUCGCUUUAUACCUCUGCAAGGCUGAAAAAGGGUGAAGUCAUAUACUUGGAAACACACUUCAAGAGGUACGAGCUGUGCUUUAGCGGAGAGAAACCUCGCUCUGCCGGGCCAAACUCCAAUGCAUCAGACAUAGAAGUGGAAAAGAACAGGGACAGGAGUGAGCAUGAGCACCGGGACGUGUUCCGGUGGUCACGCUGUAAGAAAGCCAUGCCCGAGAUAGCCAUGAGAUCUAUUGGUAUCCCGCUGCCAGCUGAGCAUGUUGAGGUACUGAAGGACAAUCUGGAUUGGGAGGAGGUGCAGUGGUCGCAGACCGCCGUCUGGGUUUCUGGGAAGGAGUAUCCCCUCGCCCGAGUGCAUUUCCUCUCAUCGAACUAGCGCCGCAGCUCUGGGUAGACUCUGGUAGCAACAAGCCGUCUGUGCUGGCCCCUGAAGAAGAAACUAGAUUCGCUAAACAAGACUGGAGCUUCUAUGCUUCUUCAGUGCUGCUGCUUUCCACCCAUGUGUGCAAUGUAUGAUGCCAUCUUCUCUGCACAGAAAAGAAGGAAGAUAAGCUGUGUGUGCGUUGUUAUUGUAGACUGGUUUUUAGACAUCAACCACCAUGUCUGAGAUGUAAUUCUUAGUUCUUGAUCUGGGAAUCCUGAAUGAUUAUUAUUCACUGAUUGAUUAUCUAUACUUUAAACUAUAUAUGAUUGAAAGAUUAUUGCGGUGUUUGGCACAGUAAAAAUUUAUAUUACUUCCUCCCUCA